CAGUUUACUUUGUAUUAAACACGACGGAAAAUUCAACGAAACCUUCUUUAUUUGUCUCCAUCGGUGAUGGACAGUAUGACGGCACGUACUACUUACGGUCGAUGCACUUUCAUGUUCCGAGCAACCAUCUUGAUGAAUAUGUUUCCAACGAGGUGGAGAUGGUUCUAAUGCACAUGAAUGCCAAAGGAAUUAUUGGCAUGUCCUUCCCAGUAACGACUUGUAGAGCUGACAGGAGGGGCUUUUUACCGCAUCAAUUGAAAGAUGCAUUGGCGGACCUCACCGAAGUAGGAAACUCAGUGGAUUUCGAGUUCAACCCCGCUUCUAUGCUAGAUGUGGAUGAAGGAAAAAUGACAGAAUGUGGCUUCUACAGUUACCUGGGAUCGCUCACCUGGCCUCCAUGCUCUGAAAAUGUCUUUUGGUUGGUGCGCCAAAGGAGCGUCUGCACAACGCCACGGAUGAUGGCGGCUUUCCACAACCUCACUGAUGUGACUGGGCGACGAUUACAAAACUCACGCCCAGUGCAACCGGUAAAAGACCGCGAAGGGGUUCUCUACCACCCUUGCUAGGGGCGAUGACUCAACGUUGGUUUGCACUUUUUUAGAAGAAAUAUCUCCUCAGAAUUAUGAAAAGCAAAUUGUGAUGAUGAUUGCAGCCAACAAAUGCACUCACUUCCAUGGCCAAAAAGUUCGAAUUACUUUAAAACGUCUUUGUCUGUAGGAAAUGAAGAAUAAUUGCUGUCUCAGUGUUUUAUUUUACUUGUUGAUGUCCACUACUGAACGUUUAAGUUUUAUAAUAAUUGCUACCUACGAAUGCAAUUGAAACGGAAUUUCACUUUUGCAGUACUUAAUAAUUGUUUACUUCUGGUAUUCAAAAGAGGACAGAUAGGGAUAUAUAAUGUAAAAGAAUAAUACUGGUGGGGAAGACUGAAUUGUCUGUUUGCCAUUAGCAGAUAUGAUAUGGAGAAGAAAAAAUUAUAAUUGCCUCAUAAAUAAAUAUGAAAUGAAUCUAAAAA